AUGGAUUUGUACCUGGUUGGAUAUCUCAUGUGGAUGUGGUUGUCCAGCUCUUGGGUGCUUGGAGGCUAUCCCAUCUGGUGGUCCCUGGCCCUGGGGCAACAGUACUCAUCUCUAGGAUCUCAACCCAUCUUGUGUGGCUCCAUUCCCGGCCUGGUGCCCAAACAACUGCGCUUCUGCCGCAAUUACAUUGAGAUCAUGCCCAGUGUAGCAGAGGGAGUCAAACUGGGAAUCCAGGAGUGUCAGCACCAGUUUCGUGGCCGCAGGUGGAACUGCACAACAAUCAAGGACAAUCUUGCCAUAUUUGGUCCGGUACUUGAUAAAGCUACAAGAGAGUCUGCAUUUGUCCAUGCCAUUGCAUCAGCCGGAGUGGCAUUUGCGGUCACGCGCUCAUGCGCAGAGGGGACGUCCACAAUGUGUGGCUGUGACUCGCACCAUAAAGGCCCACCAGGAGAAGGAUGGAAGUGGGGUGGCUGCAGUGAGGAUGCUGAGUUUGGGGUUCUUGUGUCACGGGAGUUUGCUGAUGCUCGGGAGAACCGACCAGACGCUCGGUCAGCCAUGAACAGGCACAACAAUGAGGCAGGACGGAUGACCAUCCUGGAAAACAUGCACCUUCGCUGUAAGUGCCAUGGACUCUCAGGCAGCUGUGAGGUGAAGACCUGCUGGUGGGCACAGCCUGACUUCAGGCUGUUAGGAGACUACCUUAAAGACAAGUAUGACAGUGCCUCUGAGAUGGUGGUGGAGAAACACCGGGAAUCCCGGGGCUGGGUGGAGACUCUACGUGCGAAAUACGCAUUCUUCAAACACCCCACAGAGAGAGACCUGGUGUACUACGAGGGAUCGCCGAACUUUUGCGAGCCGAACCCAGAAACGGGCUCGUUCGGCACCCGCGACCGCAUCUGCAACGUUUCGUCGCACGGCAUCGAGGGCUGCGACUUGCUGUGCUGCGGUCGUGGCCAUAACACACGGACAGAGAAACGCAAAGAGAAAUGUCACUGCAUCUUUCACUGGUGCUGCUAUGUCAGCUGCCAGGAGUGUGUGAGAGUCUACGACGUUCACACGUGUAAAUAAAAGGAGCGGGUGGAGAUGACAGGGACCUGUGGACAUUAAAGAAAGAGAAAUGGAGAGGCGUUCAAAUUCAGAUUACCUACACACACUCACAAUGAUGUAUGAUGACGACACACAGAUAACAGUGGGACUUCUGAACUACGACCUUUUACUAAUGUGCCCUUUGAUAUCCACAUCCCAAAAGCGACAUAUUUGGCGAUGCUCGCAGUGAUCGUCAUGUUUACUACUGUAAUUCUUCUCCAAAAUCCUGGCAAGCAUUGCAACGCCUGGGCUCUUUCCCACAAUUCGCUGUUAUCAUUCAGACUCCUUUAUCUGUAACACCAUCUCUCUGAUCAUCUCGCCCUAUUGCCCAGAGGCUGAAACAGGAUCAGUCCACCUCUGCUUACUGACACACAGUGACACUAAGCAUGCAUGAAAGACAUAAAAGCAGGACUAGAAAGUCCUGGUUAACUACUGAAUGCAGGCCCUCUCAUAAGCUCUGCUGUACUACUACUGAAUCCAAUGUAAUGCCAAUGCUUUCUCCAUGGCCCCCUAGAUUUCUCAAUCUGCAAAUGGGCCAGUACUAGCGGCAAGCACAGAAAUGACAUGAGCCCUCGGACACGCUUCUAAAUCUAAAAGAGAAACAUGUUUUAUGGAAUCUAUUGCACACUACAAUGCAAAUCCCAUUCCAUAUUACCAUAUAUGUUUUACACUGUUUGCUACAUUGAGACUCCUGUUUAUCUGCUUUAUAUAGCGGACAGGGGAUGCAAUCGAUACAUUAGCACAGGAUGCUGCAGGCGGUGAAGCAAAAUGGUGAGAAGUCACUGUGGGUACAACUCUGUCCCCCUUCAGAAUGUUGGUAUUUUGUAUAGGAGCAGAACAU